UUAUCGUGAUGGGGCAUUGGGUCUCUGACGAUCACCAACUCAUCACAUACAUGUACAUGCCGCGGAUCCAGCCCGCACACUUUUUGGUGGAAGACCCGUACUGGGGUAUACCGUAUGUCGUGUUGUUUCCUCCCUGCACAUGCAGUUUUGUGACCCAUUUGCGCCCAAUCAGCUGGUGAAAAUCAAAGUGCAUCAAGAACAAAAAAGGAGCGGCAGGGAACUUAUUCCUGCCUCCCAACGGAGCCAUUCCUGCUGCAUUACUGUGUGAAAUCGCCUUGCGGCUUGACUUUUGAUGCUGUGUGUGUAGGUGGAGACCACUUCGUCUCUGUUGUUUGUUGCUUAGUUUUGAAGUACUUGAAGAGCAGGUGCACCUUAUCAACACCGCAGUGUUAAAGCCACAGGAACAUUUCAGUAUGCUGGCCAAAGCACACUGCUUGUGUCGGAGAACCGGUGGCACCCUCGCACUGUUGGUACUCAUUCUCUUCUCCUGUGCACCAGUGGGCAAGGUCCGGGGGGAAGUGGAGCCGAGGGAAGCGUCCAACGCCCACAAGCUGGCCCGACAGAAUGAGGAGCAGAAGGUUGAGAAGGUGCAAGAGGUCGCUGGGAAUGCUGCAAAGGACGAUGGACAAGAAAAUUUACCACGGGAAAAAGUACAUGAGAACCAAGAUGCAGUCAACCUGCCAGAUGCACAUAUGGCGAUGGCUGUCCCUGCCAAGAAGGGCGUCAACCUUGGCUUUGUUCACGCCUUUGCAGCGUCACUGUCCGUCAUCAUAGUCAGUGAGCUGGGCGACAAGACGUUCUUCAUCGCCGCCAUCAUGGCCAUGAGGCACGCCCGCAUCACGGUCUUUGUGGGAGCGCUGGGAGCUCUUGCUGUCAUGACUGCUUUGUCAGCUCUCCUCGGCUAUGCCACCACCAUCAUUCCUCGUUGGUUCACCUACUAUGCCUCCACCUUCCUCUUUGCGCUGUUCGGGCUACGGAUGCUGCGAGAGGGGUGGAAUAUGUCCGCUGAUGAGGGGCAAGAGGAGUUGGAAGAGGUCCAAGCUGAUCUGAAGAGACGAGACGAAGAGUUGGAAAGAGCCACUGCCGCUACGGUCACACAAGAUCCCGAGUCGGGUGUCGUCCGAGGAGGAAGGCAGCGGAAGGUACUCGGGCUCUUCUCACCAAUUUUUCUCCAAGCCUUCACGCUGACGUUCUUGGCAGAGUGGGGCGACAGGUCGCAAAUCACCACUAUCAUUUUAGCAGCGAGAGAGGAUGUAAUUGGUGUUACAAUUGGUGGGAUCUUAGGUCAUGCAAUAUGCACAGCACUGGCAGUAAUAGGGGGCCGAAUGAUAGCCCAGCGAAUAUCGGCGAGAACAGUCACGCUUGUAGGAGGAAUUGUCUUCAUAGUCUUUGCCCUUUCGGCGUUAUUCAUCAGCCCAGAUUAGAGUAGUAUUAGACUCAGCCACAACAGUUAAGAAUACAUGUAAGUACUUUGAGAAUACAGGCCACAUAUAAAGACCAAAGGUAAUGUAGCAUUGUCACAAUAUGUCUAAAAAUGCAGCCUCGGAAACUCAAAGAGUGUUGCCUGCUGCGUUGAACACCCUCAAGGUCUUGUAUACAGUUUACAUCAAAUAUGACAGUUCUUUUAAUAAAACGUUUGGACAGUUCAAAGAUUAUUCUGUGACAUAAUACAGUAAGCCACUGAUUUCAUCCAAAGCAAUGUAAAUAGAAUGGUCUGAGCAUUCAGAGUUCCUUCCCAAAGGUACAAAGUUUUUUGGAGAUGAACUUUCUGAAUACAUUCAACUGCAUACGUGUACAAUGUAUGUAUAUUGCCUUUAAGGUAGUCACUUCACAAAACUAUCUGUGAUGGCUUUCGUGCACUCUGUUACAAGGUCAUACCAGCAAAAUUAUGUGACAAUGCUAGAUUUUUUCGCCCCAAAUGUGCACAACAUUGCAGCUUGUUGCAUUGCCUGUCAAUUUCCUUACAGUCAAUUUUUAAUAAUACCAGUAUUUCUAAAGUUCUAUAGUUAAGGCCAAACUUCUUGAAGUUUGGGUUUUUUCCACUAUUGUAACGGUCCUCAGUCCUCCAACUAAUGAGUAUUGUUAGGUCAACCACAAACUCUUUUCACAAAGGGUAUAUGUACAAGAACACAAGGUGUGCAUUAUUACACAUGUAUCAAGUUGGAUCGCAUUUCUUUUCACAUGAAAGAGAAUUUCAUCCUUCCUAAAUCCAGAAUGGAAAUAAACUGGACAUGAAAAGGAAAGUGAUAAAAGCUACUUCAGAAUCUCCUCCAUGAAACCUUGUUUUUGCAACUCUCUGGCAAUAAACACAACAAAUUAAGGUUGUUCCUUAUUUUAUUUUCUUAGGAGUUUUACAAAUUAAGUUACAUUUAUCAGUGUGAGAGGGUUCAGUGAGUGACCUUUUCUGUUUUUCCAUUAUGCAAUUUGGUUUUAUGUUAUAAAGCUGGUAUGCAGUAUUUUGACCUUUAAUAUCAUUUACAGGAGGAAUGCUGUCCAUGUAGUUGAUAAGCGCACAGUUAUACAAUUAACGAAACUCAAAGCCGUAUUUUAACAAAAUCUAGCUGUGUUGGCAUACAGGUAUAUUAAUAAAGACUUUCUAUGAAAUCAUGUUUUGUAUGAAAUUUGUGGGAGGGAAUGGAAUAAUGUAUCUCAAGCACCUUGGCACUAUUGAGGCGUGCCCAAAGUAGCGCCUGUAAUUGAUAGGUAAAUAGGCUGUUGUCUUCUACAACGCUUUGUUCAUGUUUGACACUAAUUCCAGUAUCAGUCUCAAUUACAAUUGGACAAUUUCCAAUCUUUAGUGCUCUCUGUGGACAUGACAUCAGGGCCCAAUUUCAUAGCACUGCUGACCCAAAGGGAAAAAUCGGCGAUUACUGCAGCUGAAAAUUCUGUGCUUAUGUAUUUCACAGGUUUUUGGGCAAGGAAUUUUGGGUUAUGCGCCUGCCUAGAUCCCGUAACUAAGGAUUCUGUGCUUAAAAAAGUUGGCGCAGAAUUUUUCUGCAAGCGCAUUGAGCGCAGAAUGGAGAACGAAAGCACAGAAUUCAGCUGUAAGCAACGCCAUGAAAUUGGGCCCAGCACUGUGGUUGGCAAUGGUAAGGAUGGUACCUUGCAGUGGUCUAAUCCAUAGACUGUGUGUGAUCUGGCAACCAGACUGGUUUCUGGACCACAACUACAUAUUUGGAGAACCUGGCUUAAAUUUUCCUGAACCAUUGUAAUGAUUUCAGGUACUUUUGCCACUAUCAGUAGAUUUGGGCGUGUGUAUAAAUACGUGUAUCUUGCAGAAUUCCCCAUGUGUGUCAGAGUGUGACAGAAAGUAUCCUUCUUUGCAUAAUGAUUGCUCUCCACUUGUGCACAACAUGCCUUGAUUAUGCUGUUUGAAAUCUAACAGAAGUGCACACAGAACAUCUUAUUUGACCAGAAGGGAGAUUUGCUGCAUCAAAUUUACUUUUCAUGGUCAUAUGCUUCCCACAGCGAAGCAGCCUAUCUAAUGAUCAGGAUUGGCUUUCAACUCAGUGUUCUUUGACUGAAAUGUCUUUGUUGAGAUGAAUCCAUUGAGAUGAGUUAUUGCAAUGAAUUUUUCCAAAGCAAUUUCUAUCCUUUUUAAACACUGUGUGUAGUGAAAACAAAUUCAGUGCAGAUGUGGUAUUUUUGCCAAGGAAGGAUUUAUUUUAUUGCUCUUAAUGGUAUCAAAGCUUGAGGCUGAGGCAGGAAACAUGAAGAUGACUUUAGAUGUGUAUAUAUUAUUACCAACAGUUUGAAAACGUUCAAUAAAUUAAAGUUUGCCAACAAAUAUUGAAAUCCUUUGGUU